UCCCCUACUCAAUGCACCUGCUUCAGGUGAGCAGCAGCUUCUGAUAGGCGGCGUUUUGCAGAGGGAAGUAGCAGUCCUCUUUCCUCUCUCUGUUUUCUUGCAAUCGCCUAAUGUGUUGUCAAGACUGGGAGCGUCCUUUCCAUCGAGGGUUUUCAUGCGUGUGUAAGAGCGCACUGAAAUAAUGAAUAACCCUAUACCUUCCAAUUUGAAGUCAGAAGCAAAAAAAGCAGCUAAAAUCUUGAGAGAAUUUACAGAAAUAACAUCCAGGAAUGGACCCGACAAAAUCAUACCUGCCCAUGUAAUUGCUAAAGCAAAAGGCCUCGCAAUCUUAUCAGUUAUCAAGGCUGGAUUUUUGGUAACUGCUCGAGGAGGCAGUGGGAUUGUAUUGGCUCGUCUGCCUAGUGGACACUGGUCUGCUCCUUCUGCAAUAGGAAUAGCUGGCCUUGGUGGUGGAUUUGAAAUUGGAAUUGAGGUAUCAGAUCUUGUAAUAAUACUGAAUCAUGAAAGAGCUGUUGAAGCGUUUGCAAAAGGUGGCAAUCUUGCCCUGGGAGGAAACUUUACAGUGGCAAUUGGGCCUUUGGGGAGAAAUCUAGAAGGUGAUAUAGCCUUGAGAAGCUCUGCUGCUGUCUAUACCUACUGCAAAUCUCGAGGGUUAUUCGCAGGUGUCUCUUUAGAAGGAAGCUGUUUAAUUGAAAGGAAGGAAACAAACAGAAAAUUCUAUGGUGUGGACAUCCGAGCAAGUGCCAUUCUGUUUGGUGAUCUACCACCUCCUGCUCCGGCACAAGACCUUUAUGAUACUCUGGAGUCUUUCACUUUGCAGUAUGAAACCCUGGAGGAGAGAAACCAUAGAUGGACACCAGCAGCAAGGGAACCAAGAAAGACUAAUGAAUACGCCUCAAGGCCACAUUCACGCAGGUCUUCUGAAAUCCCCAUGCCAGAAGCUGUAAGAGCACCCAACAAACUUUAUCCUGAACUUCCCAGGUACUCUGAGCUUCCCAGUUCCUCUGCCACAGUGGGAAACUCUUGUGCCAAUUCUAUGAUGGCGACAGCAAUAUAUCCAUUUGAAGGACAACAGCCAGGGGACUUGAGUUUCAAAGCUGGAGACCAAAUCAAGAUCACGACAAAAACAGAUUCACAGUUUGAUUGGUGGGAAGGAUGUUUACAAGGCAGGACUGGCAUUUUUCCUGCCAAUUAUGUCUCCAUGAGCUAAAGAUAAAGCAUAUGGAAUGGUGUUAUCAUUUAAUCUACAUGCUUCUGAAAUAUGCAACAGAUUAUCAAUUGUAUUAGAUGAUCUACUAAAUCAUAGGUGCUGCCUUGUAUACAGAGGAAUCACAGGGAGACAAGCACAAAAAUAUAAGGGUGAAUGCAAGCAAUGAAUACCUCCCUGUCUCAAUCCGGUCCACCCUCAUGGAAGGGCUGGGGUGAGGAUAUGGGAGGUGCUUGUGGGUCUCCCGUUCCCCGCAAGUGCCCUCUUGUGAUGCAGCUAAACUUUUCUUUUCACCAGGGGAAACAAGCUGUUGAUUUCCAUGGGACUUUGUGCAUGAACACUGUGCCUUUGCUUGUCUGUUAUUUGGCCUUAUGUUUUUUAACAGAUUUUUAAACAAGUUAAUAUUUUUUCAGAAACCUUUUUUCUAUAACUUUUGGAAAUGGAAGAAAUUACAAAACUGAUCAGAAUGAACUGCACGUUGAAUGAUAAAAUUAAUAUAUUAUGUAUAUUAUAAUGUUUUUCAUUAAUAGUGCUUAACAAAACUAAUAUUUUAUUCCUUGCCAAUUUUUUUGCCAAAAUAAAUGUGUAUUUACAGGGGGAAUAUUUAAGUCUAAUUGCAAUAAAGCAAAAGUAAAUUUGAAA